AUGGCGGCACCCGUGAUGAUCGCUACUCCCCCUGCUGCGCCCAUAGAGGCGACCCCCGUGGUGCCCAUCGCGGCAGCUUUGGCGGUCUCUACCGACGCCCACGUCGCCAUGGAGGUUGACCGCAUGGUCGCCUCGGCGCCGCCGCCACUAGACAUUGAUGCUGCCUCCAAGAUGAUUUCUAAGGAGGAUCAGCUCACUAGUAUGGAUAUUGCGGCGAAAGAGGGAGCACCACCGGCGCCCAUGGCGGCACCCGUGAUGAUCGCUACUCCCCCUGCUGCGCCCAUAGAGGCGACCCCCGUGGUGCCCAUCGCGGCAGCUUUGGCGGUCUCUACCGACGCCCACGUCGCCAUGGAGGUUGACCGCAUGGUCGCCUCGGCGCCGCCGCCACUAGACAUUGAUGCUGCCUCCAAGAUGAUUUCUAAGGAGGAUCAGCUCACUAGUAUGGAUAUUGCGGCGAAAGAGGGAGCACCACCGGCGCCCAUGGCGGCACCCGUGAUGAUCGCUACUCCCCCUGCUGCGCCCAUAGAGGCGACCCCCGUGGUGCCCAUCGCGGCAGCUUUGGCGGUCUCUACCGACGCCCACGUCGCCAUGGAGGUUGACCGCAUGGUCGCCUCGGCGCCGCCGCCACUAGACAUUGAUGCUGCCUCCAAGAUGAUUUCUAAGGAGGAUCAGCUCACUAGUAUGGAUAUUGCGGCGAAAGAGGGAGCACCACCGGCGCCCAUGGCGGCACCCGUGAUGAUCGCUACUCCCCCUGCUGCGCCCAUAGAGGCGACCCCCGUGGUGCCCAUCGCGGCAGCUUUGGCGGUCUCUACCGACGCCCACGUCGCCAUGGAGGUUGACCGCAUGGUCGCCUCGGCGCCGCCGCCACUAGACAUUGAUGCUGCCUCCAAGAUGAUUUCUAAGGAGGAUCAGCUCACUAGUAUGGAUAUUGCGGCGAAAGAGGGAGCACCACCGGCGCCCAUGGCGGCACCCGUGAUGAUCGCUACUCCCCCUGCUGCGCCCAUAGAGGCGACCCCCGUGGUGCCCAUCGCGGCAGCUUUGGCGGUCUCUACCGACGCCCACGUCGCCAUGGAGGUUGACCGCAUGGUCGCCUCGGCGCCGCCGCCACUAGACAUUGAUGCUGCCUCCAAGAUGAUUUCUAAGGAGGAUCAGCUCACUAGUAUGGAUAUUGCGGCGAAAGAGGGAGCACCACCGGCGCCCAUGGCGGCACCCGUGAUGAUCGCUACUCCCCCUGCUGCGCCCAUAGAGGCGACCCCCGUGGUGCCCAUCGCGGCAGCUUUGGCGGUCUCUACCGACGCCCACGUCGCCAUGGAGGUUGACCGCAUGGUCGCCUCGGCGCCGCCGCCACUAGACAUUGAUGCUGCCUCCAAGAUGAUUUCUAAGGAGGAUCAGCUCACUAGUAUGGAUAUUGCGGCGAAAGUGAAUGGCUUCUUCACCGAGUCUACUUAG